CUUCCCCCUUCGGAGUACAUCCUCCGAAACAACGCACGAAGCCGCGACUUUCUCUUCCCUCCCUCUUUCCCGAAACUCUCACAGACUGCCGCCAUUGGAGCUGGCUCUGAAGGUAACGACGUGAGCGCAGUGUCCCGACAAAAGGAAGACCUCUAAAACUCCAAACAUUCUCCCCUUCUGGUCUGUUCCCACGGGAGACAUCGCGGAGGAUUCAGGCUAAAUCCUGCUUGAAUCAUGCUCAAAUCUAACACCAAACAGCCCCGAAAAGAUGCGAUGGCAUAUGAAUGAAGCCAUUCAUUCCACUUCCAAAAUGAAUGAUCUGAGCUUUGAUUUGGAUCGAUAGCAUCUGGAGAUCUCUCCUCAGAUUAAGCACGAGUUGCCCCUUGGAAGAGAUAGAAGCGAACGGGGAAGGAUGCAGUGGUAUUUCAUUGCAGCUCUUCUCACUAUUCUUACCAGUUCCCAGGGAAUUUUGACUACGCUCUCACAAACUAAUGGAAGAUACAAGUACGAUUACGCUACAAUUCCCUUUCUUGCAGAAGUCUUCAAGCUUCUAGCAUCAAGUUUCUUUCUUUGGAGAGAGAUGCAGUUUCAAUCUCCUCCUAGGAUGACUACUGAAUGGAAAGCAGUGCGGUUAUAUGUGGUUCCUUCAAUCAUAUACCUUGUGCACAACAAUGUUCAGUUUGCCACCUUAACUUAUGUUGAUCCAUCUACUUAUCAGAUUAUGGGAAACCUGAAAAUUGUGACUACUGGGAUUUUAUUCAGAGUUUUCCUUAAGAGGAAGUUAUCAAAUCUACAUUGGUUGGCAAUCAUUUUAUUAGCCGUGGGAACAACUACAAGCCAGGUAAAAGGUUGCGGAGAAGCGUCAUGCCAGUCCCUCUUUUCGGCACCCAUUCAAGGUUAUUUGCUCGGAAUCUUGUCCGCUUGCCUCUCUGCCCUCGCCGGCGUUUACACAGAAUAUCUGAUGAAGAGGAACAAUGACAGCCUUUACUGGCAAAAUGUGCAACUCUACACAUUCGGCGCGAUCUUUAAUAUGGCAAGGCUUCUUUGGGAUGAUUUUCGAUGGGGAUAUGAGAGCGGACCUUGGUGGCGACGCCUUCUCGAUGGGUACACAUUUACAACAUGGAUGGUUGUACUGAAUUUGGGAUCAACUGGAUUGCUUGUGUCGUGGUUGAUGAAAUUCGCCGACAAUAUUGUGAAGGUCUACUCAACUUCAAUGGCCAUGCUGCUGACAAUGGUUCUCUCUGUCUAUCUCUUCAAUUUCCAGCCCACCGUGCAGCUUUUCUUGGGCAUUAUAAUCUGCAUGAUUUCAUUGCACAUGUAUUUUGCACCUGUUCAUAUGCUUGUUGAUUUGCCUGCUACAUCAAAGUCAGCCUCAAGCACUCUAAAAGAAGUAAUUAUUGCAAACCAAGAAUAACUACGAUUUUACACUCCAAACCCCAGUUAAAUGAAAUACGCCUUAUAGGAAUGGUGGUCGAAGCAUUCUGAGGGUAUAUGGUGUAAUAAAAAAAUAUAUGGUGCAUGGUAAGUAACGUUGCGCGCAUUUCUUUGAAGGCUAUUUAUGUAAUAACAAAGACUGUUGACUUAAUGCUCUUUCAGGAUUGCGCAUUUCUGAUAUAAGAAGUGAUGUGAACGGUAGGGAUAGGGGUGU